UUGUGGGAGGUGAACGUUAGCGCUAGAUGUGAUGGAAUCGGCGGUAUCGCACCUGAGACAAUCACUUGACUGCAUCAAGGAGCUGCAAGCAGUACCAGACAUUGUCAAUCUUGACGGUCACAACCUAACUGUUGCUGCUUUGAAGCGUAUUGCCAGUGAUGAAAAUGUCAAGGUCAAACUAACAGAAAAAUCGGUGAAAGAAAUAGAAAAGAAUGCCAAAUUUCUAGAGAAUUUAGUAGACAAUGAUAGCAGUGUAUACAUAUAUGGUCUAAAUACUGGAGUUGGUGGAUCAGCGGAUGUUCGCGCCAAGAACGCUGCAGAUAUUCAAAAUUCUAUUCUGCGACAUCUAAACAUUGGAUUUGGAAGGACAUUUCCGCCAGGUCCUGUCCGCGCAGCAAUGGCUGUUAGAGCGAAUUCACUGAGCUUGGCAUAUUCUGGGGUCUCUGCAAAUUUUGUUCAAAAGCUUACAGAUCUCAUUAAUUGUAAUAUCGUCCCGGCUGUUCCAAUACGAGGAUCUAUUAGCGCCAGUGGAGAUCUCAUUCCUAUGAGCUAUGUUGCCGCCGCUUUGGUUGGAAGAGAAGACCUGAAUGUUUUUUACAAAGGAGAGCAAAUGAAAUGCUUAUCAGCACUUCGGGCUGCCGAAAUAAAACCAGCGCUGAUGGUACAUAGAGACAUGUUGGCGGUUGUGAACGGUACUUCUUUCACAGUGGGUGUGUCCGCUCCUGUUCUGUACGAUGCCAAUAUCGCCUGCCUUCUAACCCAAGCUUGUACAGCUCUAGCAGUAGAGGCGCUUCAUGGAACUACAGAAAGUUUUCAUCCCAUUAUACAAGGUUGUAUGCCUCACUGCGGCCAGAUGGAAGUUGCCAAAAAUUUGCGUGAGCUUCUUCAUAACAGUAAACUAGCUGUUCAACGUCUAGAUAUGAACAAGAAAGAAACACUUUCAACACAUCGUUUGAAACAAGAUCGGUACAGUUUGCGUAGUGCAGCACAGUGGAUUGGUCCAGUCGUAGAGACAAUGAAAGAGGCGAACAGAAAGUUCCGGAUUGAGUUACAAGGAGUCUCCGACAACCCAAUUAUUGAUCAUCGUACAGAAACUAUUCUAAAUGGCGCCAAUUUCCAAGGAGAAACAUUGUCACUUACUCUAGACCAGAUGCGACAAAGUCUUGGGGUUUGUGGGAAAUUGCUAUUUGCCCAAUUUUCUGAGCUUGUCAAUGUAAAUCUCAACUUUGACCUUCCACCAAACCUAUCUGGGAGCGACUUUCACGUGGACUUCGGUUUCAAAGGAGCUGAUAUCGCAAUGGCGUCCUACAUGUCCGAAUUAGAUCACGUGAUUAACCCAGUGAGUAAUCACGUCGUCAGCGCUGAGCUUCACAAUCAAUCAGUGAACUCGUUAGCGUUGAUAAGUUGCCGCCUUACCAAAGAUGCUUUGGAGCUCCUCCAGAUGAUGUUAGCCAACCACUUAAACAUGCUUGUCCAAGCCGUUGAUCUUCGUUAUCUUCGCAAAAUGGCGUUGAAGCAACUAUCUCAUCUCAGUACACAGCACAUUGAAAUCGCCGAGUGCAUUCAUAAAACACACUGGUACGAAUUUGUCCUCCGUCCCAAUGAAAUAAUGAAAGAACUUGAAGUCAAAACUGAUGGGAAAAAGUCAUUGCUCGAGGCUGGACUAGUAGAUGGUUUGCAGAGUGUAUACAGCGAAAUGAAAGAGGGGAGAUGUCACACUGACAAAAGUCUCGGACAAGGAACUCGUCGUCUGUAUACCUUCGUUCGGGAGACAUUGGGAAUACCCUUCUAUCAUGGACAGGGACCAAUGGACAAAUGGAUUGAUGAUAUUUUUAACGCAAUCAAAGAUGGAAGGAUUGAUGACGUCGUCUUGGACGUUUUUGCAGAGAGAAAUGGGUGUCAUGAAAACUGUUGAAAUAACGUAACGGUGUCUAUUAUUGUCCAAAUUAAGAAGUGAUCAGUUUUCCUCUGUUGUUACCAUAUAGCAUAAACUAUGUUACAGACAGUUUACCGGCAGUGUAAUGCUGACGUGCGAGCCAAACUCUUUCCAAAAUAUCGGAAUGAUGUUCUCAUCACUGUUCAGAUGAAUGCGGUCAUUUUCGAUCCAACACUAGUAUCAGCACACCUUGGUUAUUAAUAGUGUUUGACAUAUUUCUCCAAGCUUUACACUCAUAGUAUACAUAUACAUACAUGUUUUUAAGAUUGGCAGGAAUGACUUACCACAAACCAACAAACGGGAAAACAUUUAUCUAAAACAGCAAAUUGAAACCGACAGGUCAUGACACGGCACUGAUCAUACAUCUGUCUCUAAAAUGACCUAAACAUUAAUUAUAUAUUUACAUCCUCAUAAAAGAUUAAACUGGCGACAAUCAAAAUUGUAUUACAGCUAAAACCAUUGGCAUAUGCUUCGGCCAUGUUUGGCUUGUGAAAAAGAUUUUUAGUGGCCGAUUCAAAGCAAUGUGAUUGGAGAUUGUACGCAACACAAGCGGGACUUCUGUGACAUAGUGGUUAUGGUCGCUGACCCUGAAUAACUUCCUACCGGCGCUGUGGAAUCAGGCCAAACUCUUUUUACCCAUGCAUGUGCAUGCAUUACUAGCAGUUUGACAAAAUGCCAGCAUGGGUUUUAGAUUCAGUUUCGACAAACCGUAAAUACGUCCACUUGGAUAUGAAAGUUUAAACACUCAAUUUUUGACUUCGCAUGUAUGUGUUGAAUGUUUAAAGAUAUUUUUGUUAGCAUAAAAGCUACAUUAUACCAUGCGCUCGUUUCGAGAAAAAUAUCGAUUUUUACAGACGUUUUUGAAGGGGGAAACAUGUUUUCGUCAUAAUCUUGACAUUAUUAUUGUAGGAAUCUUUAAAUUUGCUUCCAUCCGGGAGGAAGAUGCAUAAAUGUAUCUGAUCGAACAUAAAGCUAAAAUUUACACGAAAAAUCAAUUACGGAUACGGUAUAGUCAUUUCGGUCAUUGUGCAAAAAUAUUUCAGGACAUUUUUACAAGGAAUGAAGUACUUGUAUCAGACAACCUCCGAAUAAAGACCACUAUAGUUACUAUAAAACCUGCUUUAAAAGGCCAAUAUUUUCUCUUCCCGUUUGACCAUAAAUUGCACGCAUUAGUCGGCAAAGUGAAGACGCUUUCCUUCGCUGAUGAAUGACCUUUGAAUCCUGGCCUAUCCCACUGCGGUGAGUCCCCCAGCAAGGCAAUUCAUGGUCGCAUCAACAGACCCAGCUGUGAAAAACUGAGUACCAGCAAAUUUCUGGUGGUAAGGUACAACUGUUUUAAAUUAUGCUCACUCAAAAGCUCGGCAGAGGUUACGUAAAUUGUUGCACAACGCGACGGUAAAAAUUUACCUUUACUGUUUAAAUUUAAAUGAACCAUUUUUCUACGCUUCCUAUGAAUGGUCUCCAUUGACAGGUCAAGCCCGCCCGCUUAGCUCAAUAGGGAGAGCGUCGGUCUACGGAUCGCGGGGUCGCGAGUUCGAUCCCCGGGCGGGGCGUAUGUUCUCCGUGACGAUUUGAUAAAAGACAUUGUGUCUGAAAUCAUUUGUCCUCCACCUCCAAUUCAUGUGGGGAAAUUGGUAGUUACUUGCGGAGAACAGGUUUGUACUGGUACAGAAUCCAGGAACACUGGUUAGGUUAACUGCCCGCCGUUACAUGACUGGAAUACUGUUGAAAAACGGCGUUAAACGCCCCCCCCCCCCCCCCCACCUUCCCCGCAAAAAAAACAUCAUUGACAGGUUUGACUGUAUACAGAAUAUAUAAAUCCGACCGACAUUUUGAUUAAAUAUUUUGCUUCGAUCAGGAAUACCAAAAGAAAUAACGUAUCAAAAGAAUGAAUCAUUGCGUGGAACAUUUUUGUCUGUCAAAAUAGCAGUGUUGUACGUUUCGUGUAUGCCAACUUGUUCGGACUUUUAACUUUGGCAUUCAUUUUGCAAUCGUUUCUAUUUGGCAGAAACAUUAGCCUCAGUGAGAAGUGUGCCAUGUGCAAGUAGUUUCAAGAUCAAAUGUAUGGUGAUGAUAAUUUUUUUAGGAGCUUCAGAUUCAGGAACAGAAUGAUUUACAUACAUAUUCAUGAGUUAAUUGCGUGCGUGUUUCAACAAUCUUUCAGUCAUAUAAACGACGGUGUCUAAUUAUAUAUAGCAGUGAUCACAAUGCCCAACUUUAUAGUGCUGCCUCACUGAAAUAUCACGCCGUAGACACGUAACAUGAUACCCAACCCAGUCACAUUAUACUGACACCGGGCUGACCUGUCCUAACACUAUCCUCCAGGCGCGUAGCUACCUAUACGCCAGUACGCCCGUGAAUCGACAUAAUUUUGCCAUUUUUUUUCUUUCUUUCUUUUUUUUACAUCUUUAUCCUAGAUCUAGACUGGAUGAGUUCCAAUUAAGUAAUUAGUGUACUAUAUAUGAUAAAAGGGGCCUUAAUUCAAAGCUCGGGUGCUAGUUUUAGAAUAUGUCCAUGGCCGUAGCGAGAGACUAAAUUUUACCAAGGCAAUUGAGUACGCGCGUUUGUUCAUGGUUGUUGGGUAAAUUUGAGUGGUAAGGCAAAGCGACGACAGUCAGAGGGGUUAGUUAGGGAGGUUGUGUCCCACACUCCCCCAUAGGAGGGUUUGUGGGGCCGAUCCCCCAAGAAAAGUAGGAUAUUUGAUAAAAACACACUUUGUUGCGCUGUUGUUAUAAUUAAAAGAAAAAACAUUACCCGUUUACUCCGCGAUCUACCCCGGGUACUUAUACCGAUUUGUGGUUCGUUUGUAAUGUGUCUCUCUUGCGAUAGAGGUCACAAGACCUACAUUUUUGGAGGUGUAUGAAGAAUAUUCUUCUUGAUGACGCUUAUUCGAGUAAAAUUAAAUGUAAAAAUGUUCAAACCAUUUUCCCUAUAAAGUUCCGUCUAAUGUUGCUCUCAUGCUGAAAAGGGCAUUAGUUUUCUCUAAAAAAAGUUCUUCUUUCAUACAAUGACAAGGUGGAUAUCAGUGUAACUCACAGCAGAGAUACGUGCAAAAGGCGUAUCAAAUCAUAAAUACAUUAUUUGUGACGUUAACUUAGAAUUAAACCUCAUUAGGUUGAAAAGAACAUUAAAAUAGAUAUUAAUUGAUGAUUACAGCAUAAAUGAAGUUCCAUGAAUUGAUUAUGAAACCACAUAACCCCGCGGCAUUACCUAUUGUCUGCAUAUAACGCUUCAACAGCAACUUAGCGCUUCAUAUUCUUCGUAUAGGAUAGACAACGAGUGACCGUGUCUAUUCGAUAUAUGCCCGAGCGCAGCGAGGGUAUAUAUCGAAUAGACACGGUCACGCGUUUGUCUAUCCGACUUAGACCACGUGACAUAAAAGCUGUAAUCACAAAACUGUGCCGUAUAGCUUCUAUUUCCGUAAGUGUACCGUUAGCGCUUACUUACCAGUUGCCUAUAUGAAUGUAUGCAUGUUAGUUUUCAAAAAUUCUGUGUUCUCCAAAUACAUGUACCGGAUUUACUAAAAUUUGACGCUCAUAUACACUUUGAGUCAGCUGCAGUCGUUAGUGAUGAGCACUUAAAAUGUGAAAAUACUCUAAAUUAAAACUGCUAGACAAUAUUUUUUGUUUGGUGUGGGCAUAUUUGCGAAAAACUAGGACAGAAACUGAUUCAAGACGAUAGACAGUUUCCAAAACCAUAAAGUAAAGGUAAACUGGUAUUUUAAGUAUUUUGUUUAAUGGUAAGUAACCACUUUUAAUUGGUAUCUUAAAUUACUAAAUUACUGCAUUUUACUGAUCAGCGUUAAAUGUUUUGUUGUUAAUUUUGAUAUAUCUAAUGCAUAACACUCGUAGGAAUAACAAUAUAUCACAUAUGCUAUAAUUGUUCUAUUUUAUUACAGAUGUUUGCAUUUGUAAGGAUCGUGCAGAUCCAGUGUUAGACCAACAAGAAAGCUAUGGCAGAGAUUGCGUUAUCUCCAAAUGAAAAUGUCCCAGAAACAAUUACAAUUGUUGUCAUUUUUAAGUGGGGACGUUUCAGUGAUGUGAAAAUUCCAUAUAUAGUAUAUACCCUUUUGGUUCUACAUUGUUAUUCAGCGGAUCGCUGGAUUUUUAUAUUUUCUAUCUAAUGUAAAUACAUGUGGUUAUGGAAACUGUUA